AUGCAGCCCGAUCUCUAUAAGGUACAAUCUUGCGGUUCCCAGAGUGAAUAUAAAAAUGAGUUUCGAUUGUAUUACAAAAUUAAAUUAAUUAGGUAUGUCUUUGCUGGAGCUAAGAAUGGAAUUAUGCCUCGAGUUUUAAGUUCAGUACAUGAAAAGUCCAUGAGCCCUAGAGUUGCUAUAAUAUAUGAAAUGUUUGUUCUAAUUUCCCUCUCUUUUAUCGGUGAUUUGGAACAUUUAAUUGGAUAUAUGUCCUAUUCCUUAUGGAUGCAAAAAAGUUGUACAAUGGUAGCCCUAUUAUAUAUGCGGCACAAAGGAACAUUUAAAUUUCAAAAAAAUUCAAUAAAAACACCCAUAAUACUUCCAUUUAUUUGUUUGUGUAUAUUUAUUUCUAUGUUGAUAAUCUCGGCUAGAAAAGACCCUUUCAUCAUUAUUUAUGCAUUAACAAUGUUGGCAGUUGGAUUAAUUCUUUAUUUUAUUUUUAUUAAUCCUAAAAGGAAAAGCAAGUCUGUUUUUUGUGGGGAAUGCUUUGAAAGAGUUAAUGAUUUAUCAGUAUUCUUCGCACAAAUUGUUUUUAACACAAUAGUCCCGGACAAAGAAGAAUGA